AUGAAUAUUAGUUUCUAUCAUUUAUUUCUAUUGAGUUUCUUGUUAUCAAUUCACUGUCAAAUAGAUAAAAAUGAUGUCUGUGAAUGUUCAGAUUUACAAUUGUAAAAUGAGUGUAAAUAAAAUGAUAAAUGUUAAUGGUCCGAAGAUAUUUGUAAAGAGAAAGAGGAAAGUUAACCAAUUUCGACUGAACCAGAGAGUUUGUAUUGCAAAAAAUUAAUAUAAGAGGCUUGUAUUAACAGAAGAGGUUGUGCAUACUAUAAUAAAAAUUGUAUUCAUUUUAGUGGGUGCACUAGCUUUAUUUAUACUACUCAUAAUGAAUGUUAAUUAGUUAGUACAUAAUGUACAAGUGAUGGAACAUAAUGCAUAAUACCAAGGGAAUGUUUUAAAAAUUAAAAUGAAUAAUUGUGUAGCACUGUAAUAAGUUCAUCUGGAUCAAAGAAAUGUAUUUGGGAAAACAAUGUUUGUAGAGAUUAAAAAUGUGAUGAAGCUCCAGAGUCUAUGAUUACUGAUGAGGCAUGUAAUUCUUUUAUUGAAGGAUGUGUCACAAGUGGGAAAGGAUGUGUAACUGAAAGAAGGAAUUGUUAUUAUUAUGAUAAAAAUUGUGAUGGUAUGAUUGGAAGUGAUGGAUUAUGUGAAUCAAAAAAUGAUAAAUGUUAAUAUAAGGAUUGUGCUAAUGCUCCAUUGACAUAUUAUACAGAUCAUUAAUGUAAAUCAUUUAGAGAUGGAUGCAGAACAACAGGUAUUGGAUGUACAGAUUAAGCAUUGAAAUCAUGUACUACUUAUACAGGUGAUAGUGAAUAGUGUUUAAGAUAUAUAGGAAGUAGUGGGAAAUGUGAAGAAGGAUUGAAGGGUAAAUGUUAAGCUAGGAAAUGUGAAAAUGCACCAAAAUAAUAUUCUACAGAUGAAGAGUGUAAAUCAUAUUCUUCUAAAUGUAAAACCACAGGAAUAGGUUGUAUUACUAUUCUAUUAAAUUGUAAUUCUUAUACUGGAAUUAAAUCUGAAUGUGAUAAAAGAAUAGGAGCAGAUGGAAGAUGUACAGGUUCUAAUCCAGAGGAGUAACAAUAAUGUAAGGCUAGGAUAUGUUCUGAUGGUCAAUUUUCAACUGAUAGUGAAUGUGGAUAAUAUUAAUAUAAUUGUAUUACUAAUGGUAUUGAAUGUACAUCAUUUUUGAUAAGUUGUAAUAAAUAUAAAGGGGAAGCUGAAAAAUGUAAUAAGUAUAUAGGAAUAGAGGGAAAAUGUACAGUAGGUGAAAAUGGAUAUUGUAAAGUAAAUAAUUGUGAGAAUGCUAAUUUAAAAACAAUGGAAGAAUGUAAAAGUGUUUAAUCUUUUUGUUUGACAGAUGGAACUAAAUGUGUUAUGGCUGAUACUUGUCCAAAUACGAUAUAAAAGAUAACUUGUUUAGCAAAUGAUAAAUGUUAAUGGACAGAAUCAUGUGUGACUAAUGAAUGUAAAUAUUUCUAAACAAAGGGUUUAUGUCUUAGACAUUCAUCAAAUGUUGAAUGUUUUUGGGAUGGUUAAAUGUGUGUUGAAAAAUAAUGUAUACAGGCUGGUUAGGAAUAUAGAACUAAUGAUGAUUGUAAAUAGUUUCUUUCUAAUUGUAUUACUAAUGGUUAGGGAUGUGUGGAUGUAUCUGCUCCAUGUGAAGAAUAUUUUGGGGAUGAAGAUACAUGUACUUAUUAUAAGGGUAGUAAUGGUAAAAUUCCAUGUCUUUAUGAUUCAGCAAAUUAAAAAUGUCGUUCAAAAAAAUGUUAAGAUAAUUUAUCUGCUUAAAAUUAAAAAGAUUGUGAUAAUACUUUAGAAGGAUGUAGAUUUACAGGAAGAUAUGGAUGUGUAAAUGAAAAUGCAGAAUGUUAAGAAUUCUAUGGAAAUUCUUAAGAAUGUUAUUCUUUGAAUAAUAGAUGUUCAUAAAAUCUAGGAGAAACAGGGAAAUGCAGAUCAUUAGAAUGCUAUGAUAAUUAGACAGCAUUAGAAGAUUAUGAAUGUAAUUAAUUUAAAUCUGGAUGUGUUAAUAAAGGAAAGGGAUGUAUAUAAUCAACUGCUCCAUGUACAUAAUAUGUUGGAAGUACAAUAGAUGAAUGUUCUAAAUUUAUUGGAAAUGGAAAGUAAUGUUGGUAUGAUUAAGGAUAUCCAAGUCAAUGUGUAGAUAAAUAAUGUAGUCAUAAUGUUGAUGCAUAAGAUGAUUAUGAAUGUGAUAGAUUUUUAUCUGGUUGUGUAUUUAAUAAGAAGGGAUGUUAAGAUUCAUAAUUAACUUGUGAUACUUAUAUGGGAGAUGAAGAUACAUGUUCAAAAUAUAGAGGAAAUGGAUUAUAAUGUGUAAGAUUAGAUUAUUGUGAGGAUCGUAAAUGUUCAGAUGUAUAGAAUCCUUUAUCUUUAUAAGAAUGUGAAGAAUAUUUAUCUCAUUGUGCUUUUGAUGGUGGAAAUUGUAUUGAGAAAACUAAUUGUGAAUAAUAUUAUGGAUACUCAUAAGAAGCAUGUUAAAUUCUAGUUAAUUUGGAUGGCAAUUUUUGUACAUAUAGUAAUGUCAAUUCAUAAUGUACUGAUCGUAAAUGUAAUGAUGCUACAAAUGUUCAUUCAUAAUAGGAUUGUACAUCUUAUAGAAAGAAUUGUAUUUUUAAUGGAUUUGAUAAAUGUGAAGAAUUAUAAAUUAGUUGUUCUACAUAUAAUGGUUUUACUGAGAAAGGAUGUAAAGAUGCAAUAAAUAGUGAAGGAAAGAGAUGUUGGUUUGAUGGAAAUGGAAAAUGUAAAGAAAGAACAUGUUUAGAAGAAUUACCAGAAUAUUCAAAUGAAAUUUGUUAAGCACAUGAUUCUAGUUGUAUUUAUACUGGAAUGAAAUGUACUAAGAAAUAGAUAAAUUGUACUGAUUAUAAAACAUUAAAUAUAAGUGAAUGUAGAUUUUUAUCUGAUUGUUGGAAAUAGGAAGAUAAUAAUAAUCCUUGUUAAAAUAGAUAAUGUAGUGAUAGUGUUGAAGCUCCUUCUGAUUAGAAUUGUAGAAAUCAUUUAAAGACAUGUAGAUUUGAUGGUGAUAAUAAAUGUGUUGAUGAAUAAGAAGAAUGUAGUGGUUAUAUUAAUUUUACAAUGAGUGGUUGUAGGGAAGUAACAAAUAAGAAAGGUGAAAAAUGUUGGUUUAAAGAUUAAAGUUCUAGUUGUGUAAAUCGUACUUGUUCAGAUAAUUUGCCAUCAUUUUCUGCAGAAGAAUGUGUUAAUCAUUUGAGUACUUGUAGAUAUUAUGGUAAGAAAUGUUAAGAUGUAAAAGAUACUUGUAUUCAAUAUAUUGGAUUUUCUUCAGAAGCUUGUACAACUGUCACAACAAAAACAAAUUAAUCUUGUUGGUAUUAAGGUUAAAGUACUAUUUGUAUUGAUGCAUCAUGUGAUGAUUUUAUUAAAGAUGCUUCAGUAGAAAAUUGUUAAAAGCAUUUGAAUACAUGUAGAUAUAAUGGUACAAAAUGUAUUUAAGCAAGGGCAAAUUGUAAUGAUUAUAUAGGAUCUAAUUAAAUAUGUUCUGGAUUGACUGAUGCAAACAAUAAGUAAUGUUGGUAUGAUAUCAGAAAUAUUUAAGGAAUGGAUAGAAAUUGUAUAUUAAAAGAAUGUUCUAAUAAAUAAAAUCAUUAUAAUUUAGAUAUAUGUUAAUAAUAUCUAGGCAAAACUGUUGAUAAUAAAUAUAUACCAAGUUGUACAUAUGAUGGAAUUAAAUGUGUAAAUAUUCAUAAUGAAUGUUCAUAAUAUAUUGGAUAUAACAGUGAAUAAUGUUUAUAAGUGACUACUUUAAGUGGUGAAAGUUGUUUCUAAGAUAAUUAUAAUACAAAUAUGGUUUGUAGAGCUAGAAGAUGUUCAGAUAAUUAGACAGCUUAAAAUGAUCUUUAAUGUGAUCAAUUUUUAAAAGGAUGCAAAACAAAUGGUAAAGGAUGUAUUGAACCAACAUAAAAAUGUAAUCAAUAUAGAGGCACUUAAUCUAGUUGUUUGAAAUUUGUAGGUAAUGGAAAUAAAUGUAGAGGAUAAGUUUCUAUUACAAAAUGUUCAAUUAGAGAAUGUUUUCAUGAUUAAUAAUCUACUACAGAUAUUCAAUGUAAUUCAUUUAUGGAAGGUUGUGUAACUAAUGGCUAAGGUUGUAUAUCUUCCUUAGAACCUUGUUAUAGUUAUAUUGGUAAUCGUGAAUUAUGUUCUAAAUUUAAAGGAAAUGGAAGAUUAUGUUAUUCAGAUAGUAUAGUUGAUAUUUAAAUAUGUAGAGAUAGAUAAUGUUCUGAUAAUUCCAAAGCUAUUAUUGAUUCAGAAUGUAAUACUUUUAUGCCAGGAUGUGUAACCAGAGGAAUUGGAUGUAUAGAUGAUAUUGAACCAUGUUCUAGUUAUUUUGGAACCAAGGCUUAAUGUAGUAAAUUCAAAGGAGAAAAAGGUACUAAACCAUGUUGGAAUAUUAAUGAUGCUCCUAGUGAUUCUAGAUGUAUAAAUAGAGAGUGUAUUCAUAUGUCAAGAGGUACCAAUGAUAUUGAAUGCAAUUCAUUUUUAGAAGGAUGUGUUAGUGAUGGAAUUUAAUGUUUGAAAAAAUAAUAUUGUUCAUAAUUUCAUGGAACUGCCAAAACUUGUGUACUAUUUGAUGCUAUUGAUAAACCAUGUAAAGGAAUUGAUGGAACUGUUUAAUAAUGCAAAUAAUUGUAAUGUAUAGAUGCACCUAAUAAUUAUGAUACAGAUGAUAAAUGUAAUCAAUUUAAAUCUGGAUGUAAGACUACAGGAUAUGGAUGUAUAGAUUUUAAUACUUGUGAAAUGAUAUCAUCAAAGUAAUUGUGUAAAUAAAGAACUGAUUGUUAAUAUAUAGAUGGAUGUUUAAAUGCAAUCAAAGUAUGUAUGUAAAUCACAAAAUAUUCUUAAUGUUUAAAUAAUUUCAAUAGGAAAUGCAGUUGGGAUUUUUUAAAAAAAUCAUGUAGAGAUUGGAUUUGUUAAGAUGCAAGUGUUCUAAUAAAAAAACAUGAGGAAUGUUAUGCUUUAAAUAAUAAUUGUACAACUACAGGAAAUGGAUGUAUAGAGAUUAAUCAUUGCAAUUAAUACAAAAAUAAAUAAACAUGUUUAAAUGCUGUUUCCUUAGGAUAUUCAAAAUAAUGUGUUUGGGAAAUCAAAAUUUGUAGAGAUAAAGUAUGUGAAGAUGCACCUAUUAGUUAUAAUGAAGAUUCUCUUUGUUAAAAUAUAUCUCCAGAAUGCAUAACUGCAGGAUAAGGAUGUACUAAUAAAUAAUAUUCUUGUGAGAAUAUUAAUAUUAAAACUAAAUGUAUUCAAGAUUAUUAAGGAAAUCCAUGUCUAUGGAUGAAUUUAACCUAAACCUGUAUCACUUUUUCAUAAUGUACAGAUAUCAAAAAAAGUACUCCAUCAGAAUGCUAAAUUUAUUCUGAUAAGUGUACUAGUAAUGGAGAACAUUGUAUUUCAUUCUCAAAAUGCUCUGAAUAUACUAAUUCUAUUAGUUGUUAUAAAGGUACUGAUGGUUUUUGUGGAUGGGUUAUUGAAUAAAUUAAUUAAGAACCAAAAUGUUAAAUAUUUCGAUAUUGUAAUGAAAUUUUAGGUAGUACGAAAGAAAAUUGUUAAUAUUACUCUGAAAAUUGUACUUCUGAUGGUUAAAAUUGUAUUGAAAUUGGAAAUUGUAAUUCAUAUAAAACUAAAUAUGGUUGUAAUACAUCUGGAAAAGAUGGAUCUUGUUUCUGGGAUGAAACUUAAACAAUUCCAUUUUGUAGAUUAUAAGAAUGUAUUGAUAUUCCUAUUAUUGGUAAUAUGACACAUUAAUAUUGUUCCACAUUUCAUCCUUAAUUAAAUUGUACUACAGAUUUAUAUAAAUGCAUAAAUAAAUAAUAAUGUUCUAAGUAUUAGGAAGAAUCUUGUUAUGAAGGUACUGAUGCUCCUUGUGUAUUUGCCUUCCCAUUAAAUAAAUCAUAAGGUACAAAAUAAUGUCGUGCUAAAGAAUGCUUAGAUUAUAUUGAAUAAACAACUGAAGCUUGUUCUUAAUUAAAAUCUGGUUGCAUUUCUGAUGGUAUUAGAUGUCUUAGUAAACUUAAUUGUGCUGAUUAUACUACAGAAAUUGCAUGUGAUUCUGAUGGUAUUGAUGGAAUUUGUGUUUUUGAUGGAAAAAGUUGUUCUAAAAUGACCAAAUGUGAAGAUGCUUAAAAAAGUUAUACAGCUUGUACCAAAAAAUCAAAAGUUUGUCGUUUUAAAUAUGAAAUAAUAGAUAAUGUUGAAACUACAAGAUGCGAUCCAAUAUUAUGCAACACUAGCUUUAAUUGUUCUCCUAUUUUUAAUUUUGAUGAAACUUAAUUUACUAUAUGUAUUUAAAAUUCCUAAAAUUAAUGUAUUUAAGGACCCCCUUAUUAACUUUCAGAAAAUAGAUGUUACUCCAAGAGUCUUUAUACAUAUAGUUGGAAUAAAGAUACUUCAAAAUGCCAAAAAUGUGGGAAAUCAAUAGAUAAAGACCCAAAUGGAACAAAUCCAAUUUAUCAAAUUAUACUUACGUCAACUAUUCUUUUAUUAAUUAUUACAGCAAUAUGA